GCUUGAUAUUGAACAUGAGUAAAAUCCAUUUUGACCGGGAAGUCUUGUAGAAGGUUGACCCUGUUUAACAUAGCACUGGGUUCUUUUAUACUGGAACAAAUGAGGAAGUGGCUCUGAUUCCUUCCAGUGUAGUUGUAUUGACUGACUGAGUGCUUCUAUAUGCCAUGUUUUACGCAGAGAACAACAGUGAAUCAGAUGACUUUGUCAAAUUCAUUAAUGAGAAGUGUGGAACCAGCUGGGGUGGGGAAGGUGAUCUCAUUUCCGAAAAAAUGGAUACAUCGAGUCCUGCAGUCUUUGCUAAUGCGGAACUUAUUAAGAUGUACACAGGAAGGAGGGUUCGGGCAGUGGUGCAGGUAAUACGAAAUGAAGGUGGUGUGCUUGUGGGAAAAUCAACUGAUGGGCAGCAGUUAACCGUGAAGGGUUCUCCGGCCUUUCCUUUGUCACACUUUGUGGAGGUUAUCGGAAUUGCUGAUGGAAACCAGUCCAUUCGCGCUGAAAUUUCCACUGACCUGGGCGAGAAUUUUGAUGCGGUUGCAUACGACGGUCUCUGCCAACUUGCAAAUGGAAAACACAGGAAAUUAUUCCUCUAGUCAGUGAAGGCAACCUUUGAUUAUCAAUGUAUAGAGAACAUAUGAUGUUUGAAUGUUCUUUGUUAGAACAAUUACAACAACCUUACUUUCUACUUUGGUGGUGUGUUUUGGAUUGUAUGUAAAUCAUCGUUUCAUGGAUUCAAA